AUGUGGCUCUGUUGGAAGAACAAAACUAAGCAACAUCAAGUAGUUUCAGGUCUUCUGAUGCUACGUUUAGCUGUGUUGAUGGGUUAUGAUGAUGAUCGGAUAUCUGAUGAUAGAAGGUUAGACGCAGUAGAAGCUGAUUUUGAGAUUACGAUUCCUGAAAAUUCUGGAUGUGACAAGAUGAAACAAGAUACACUAGUUCAAGGGAUUAUACGGGAGUUUUUGCUUGUCUUCCUUAGGGACUUGGGAUACUUUAUCUAUGAUGCAGACGAUGCCAAGAAACCAGAAAUUCUUGAUGAGAAGAUGGUUAUACAACAUAACAUCUUUGAUCACUAG